UUUUGUGUUUUUCAGUGAAAGGGUGACCUGAGGUCGUGAAUAGGAGUUGAUUAGUUGGCUAAUUCCUUCCCAAACAGAGAACAGAAUCUAGAGAAAAAAAAAAGGCAUGGCAAACGACUCGUACCAGGAAGCUGUUGCAGGACUGUCCAAACUUCUCAGUGAGAGAGCUGACCUUGGGAGCGUCGCCGCCGCGAAAAUCAAGCAGAUAACAGCUGAGUUAGAGGCGGCCUCCACGGCGGCUUUUAACCCGGACGAAAAAAUAAAAGCCGGAUUUAUCCACUUCAAGACGGAGAAAUAUGACAAGGAUCCCACCCUGUACGGUGCCCUCGCCAAAGGCCAGAGCCCCAAGUUUUUGGUAUUUGCUUGCUCAGAUUCUCGAGUUUGUCCUUCUCAUAUCCUCAAUUUCCAACCAGGAGAGGCCUUUGUGGUUCGCAAUAUUGCCAACAUGGUCGCACCAUAUGAUAAGAAAAAGCACUCAGGAGUGGGGGCAGCCAUUGAAUAUGCAGUGCUGCAUCUAAAGGUGGAGAAUAUAGUGGUCAUUGGCCACAGCUGCUGUGGUGGUAUUAAGGGGCUCAUGUCUAUCCCAGAUGAUGGGACCACUUCUAGCGAAUUCAUAGAAAACUGGGUCCAAAUCUGUUCGACUGCAAAGGCCAAGGUUAAGUCAGACUGCAGCAACUUGAGUUUUGAAGAGCAAUGCCACAAUUGCGAGAAGGAGGCUGUGAACGUAUCACUGGGAAACCUUUUGACAUAUCCAUUCGUUAGAGAAGGAUUGCUGAAAGAGACUCUGGCAGUGAAAGGUGCUCACUAUGAUUUUGUGAAGGGGAAUUUUGCGCUAUGGGAUCUUGAUUUCAAGAUUACACCCUUAGUAGCUGUAUGAGCUAUGGGAUCUUGAUUUCCUUUCACCUCAGAUAUAUGUAUACAAAAGCUUUUUCUUGCAGUGAAUGCUGCAAAUUUCUUAAUGAAUAAUAUCUUUGAUAAGAUGGAUGAAACUGUGGCUUAUGCCUUAGUAUUUAAUUUGUCUAAUAAUUGUAAUUUAUCUUAAGGUCAUUUUUGCCUUCAAAAAUGUAGUUUGUAACAUUUAUGCUUCAGAGUAAUAUGGUACAAAGCUUUCAAAUA